AGACGAUGUGAUCCAGUGAAUGUUGCGAAGUUUCCCUCAUCGUCCAAUCGGAAAUCAGGGGAGGCGGGCCUACAGGCCAUCAGCGCUACCGCGGAGGAGGUGUUCCUGGUGGCCAUCUUGGAUGCACGGAGUGAUUGUUUGGCAAGUAGAGAUAUUGAAACAUAGAGAAAUACCUUUAAAGGCAGGACCAUUCAUAUCGGAGUAAGAGGUGCAAUAAAGAAAAUAGAAGAGCCCGUGACAAGUCAGACGUGAGAGAAGGCAUGAAGACAGCAUCUUAGUCCAGAAGCCAUGGCGGACAAGAGAAAACUUCAAGGUGAAAUAGAUCGAUGUCUGAAAAAAGUAGCGGAAGGAGUAGAACAGUUUGAAGACAUCUGGCAGAAGGUAAUAGCUUUGGGGCUUCAUAAUGCAGCUAAUGCCAAUCAGAAAGAGAAAUAUGAAGCUGACCUCAAGAAGGAAAUCAAGAAGUUACAGAGGCUCCGUGACCAGAUCAAAACCUGGGUGGCCUCCAACGAGAUCAAAGAUAAACGGCAGCUCGUGGAGAACCGCAAGCUCAUUGAAACGCAAAUGGAGCGCUUUAAAAUUGUGGAGCGGGAGACGAAGACAAAGGCGUACUCCAAAGAAGGCUUAGGUCUGGCGCUGAAAGUGGACCCUGCCCAGAAGGAGAAGGAGGAAGUGGGCCAGUGGCUUACGAACACGAUAGACACUCUAAAUAUGCAAGUGGACCAGUUCGAGAGCGAGGUGGAGUCGCUCUCUGUCCAGACACGCAAGAAGAAAGGAGACAAAGAGAAACAGGACCGGAUAGACGAACUGAAGAGGAUGAUCGAGAGGCAUCGUUACCACAUCCUCAUGGUGGAGACCAUCCUGCGCAUGCUGGACAACGAUUCCAUACAGGUGGACUCCAUCCGCAAGAUCAAGGACGAUGUGGAGUACUACCUGGACUCCUGCCAGGACCCCGACUUUGAGGAGAACGAGUUCCUCUAUGAUGACUUGGACCUGGAGGAGAUCCCCGCGGCUCUGGCUGCCACCUCUCCCCCAGGCAACUCCACCAUGGAGGAUGAGAUGUUCCAGCAGCACUCCAGCAGCACCCCCACCACCUCCACCUGCUCCUCGCCCACGCCUCCGUCACCCGCCACCUGCUUAACGGAGAUCUCUGAGGACGAGAAGAAGCGAGGGCGAUCCACGGACAGCGAGGUCAGUCAGUCACCAGUGAAGAAUGGGAACCCUUCACUGUCCUCCUCCUCCUCCUCUUCCUCAUCCUCGUCCUCAUCUUCGUCGUCGUCUGCGUCCUUGGGGUCCUCCUCGUCCUCCUCCUCGAUGAUCUCCAUGGCAACCGCUGCUGCUUGCGCUGGCAGCAGCGUAGUUUCCGGGAGUGUCCAGGCGGGAGUCAUCCCCACCUCCGGCAGCUACAGUUCGGCCACACAGGGGCACGGGCAAUUACAGCAGGCCAAGAUCUCCGCCGCCAUCUCCAUACCGACCUCUGCUGCCAACACCUCCAGUCCCGCCAGCGGCCUGCUACCCCGCCCCCCUUCAUCUGGCUCCCCCCCUCCCACCAGAAGCAUCUCUCAGACCCCGCCCAUGGCCCCAAACUUGGGCGGGUUGGCAGGGCCGGGGGCGGGCUCCAUUACAGGAAGUGGCCAACUCGGCUUUUCUGGGUUGCCGAUGUCCCUGAGCAGCAUGGCGGGGCUGCUAGGUGGCUCAGGUUCCGCCCCCACCCCCUACGCCCAGGCGGUCGCCCCCAGUGCCAUCGUGAACAACCUUAACGCAAACCCUAACGAGAGUCCCUUGGGGGGUCCCUUGGGAGGGAGCGUGUUCGGGACCACCGUGACCAGCACGUCCACAGGCCUGCUGGGCGCCGCUCCCACCUCCCUCAGCCUCGGCUUCAGCCUGGCGCCGGGCUCCACAGGCCCUCAGGGGCCCUCCCUGGUGGCCCCCACCCCGCUGGCGGGAGGAGCGGCCCCAGGAGGGAUCUCAGGAAGCACAGUGGCGCUUGCUAGGCCCCCAAGUGUCCAAAAGCAGAACGGCAGCACAAGUUACAGUGCUGUAGUAGCUGAAAGCACAUCAGAUGCCGCCCUUAAUAUUGUCAUCCAAUCACAAAACAGCCAGUCAACGUCCUUGGGCUCCUCAACCACUCAGCCUAAGGAUACAGGGUCCAUCCUGUUCCGACCCAGCAGCCCCUCCCCCUCUUACAGCGAGCCCAAACCAGCAGGGAGCAGCCUUCUCAAUGGCCCCCACUCUUACACACAGGCCACGGAUGGCAUUAAGGAACCUCUAAGUUCUCUGAAGUGCAUGGCAGAAAGGGCAGCUUUGGGCUCUGGCCUGGAAGGAGAGAUCGCUAGCCUGCACCUCGGUGGGGACAUGUUCCCCAGCUCUACAGCGCCCCCUGGUGCUCCCACAGCCCCACAGCUGUCACUCUCCGAGACGACCAUCCCUCCCUCGCUGGGCGUGUGCCCGCUGGGCCCGGUACCCCUGUCCAAAGACCAGGUCUACCAGCAGGCCAUGCAGGAGUCGGCCUGGGCGCAUAUGCCACACCCGUCUGACUCCGAGAGGAUCAGGCAGUACCUCAUGAGAAACCCCUGCCCCACGCUGCCGUUCCAUCACCAGAUGCCCCCGCCCCACUCUGACACGGUGGAGUUCUACCAGAGACUCUCCACCGAAACCCUCUUCUUCAUCUUCUACUACUUAGAGGGCACAAAAUCCCAGUAUUUGGCAGCCAAGGCCCUGAAGAAACAGUCCUGGAGGUUCCACACCAAGUACAUGAUGUGGUUCCAGCGCCACGAGGAACCGAAGACCAUCACUGACGAGUUCGAGCAGGGCACGUAUAUUUAUUUUGACUAUGAAAAAUGGGGCCAGAGGAAGAAGGAAGGGUUCACAUUUGAAUACAGAUACCUGGAAGACCGAGACCUGCAGUGACGAAGAGAGUGACAGAGAGAGAGAGAGAAAGUGGAAUACUGGCAACAUUCCUGGACAGAGUUCCACACGCACUGGGAGGUGGGGUUAGAUGUGGAGUAGGAAGCUGCCUUCGAGGCUCUUCCCCUUUGCCAUUAAGCCCCACCUAUUAAAUGUUUCGCCUAACAUCGAUUUGCAGCCCUGCCUCUUCCUGUCCAGUCAAGCAAAAUGAUUGGUACACAGCCUUUAACAUCGUGGCCUUUAUUGGUUGAAGACACACACACACACACACACACACACACACACACACACACACACAAACCGCCCCUCCCAAGUCACGUAUUCAAGAGCAAAUAAGAACCAAAGACAAUGGGUCCAAUAUUCUCUCCAGAGCUGCAGCUCCAACAGAUACUCCAACACACACACACACACACACAGACACACAGACAGACAGACAGACAGACAGA